CCUGGCGGCAGUAUAUAACUUUCAUCGGAACAAGGGAAAUUUAAUUUGGUGCAGUUAGUUCGAGCAAUCAUGUGGGUUUGCUUUAUAUUUUAUUUGUUGAGUGUGUCGGGGUGGGCUGAUACAGAUGCGUUAUCAUCUGAGAUCCACUCGGCCCCCAAAGCUCGUAAGGGUGUAAAGUUAAUAGACUCGCGAGUUUCGACAGGAGUUUCGUCUAACAUAGAGGAAGACCCGUAUCAGGUGUCGUUCAAAGUGGAUAAUGCCUAUUACUGCGGAGGUGUUCUUAUUAGCGAGAAGGAUGUCAUAACGCCUGCUCACUGCACCUAUGGUGUUAGUCCCAGCCAAGUGGUCCUAAGAGCUGGCAGCUCUUUCCUCGAUGACGGCAUUAUCAUCCCUGUCGCAGAUGUUGUCACGCAUCCAGGAUACAACGAACCCGCUUUCGACAAAGACGUUGGAUUCAUCACCACAGCUGAGCCUGUCGUAUUCAGUAAAUUUAUAAAACCUAUCGCCUUACCAUCUAGGGAUAGACCCCUGACCGGCGAAGUGUUUGUUACUGGAUGGGGAAGAAGACGGGGAGACGUGGCUGACAUACCCAGCAGAGUUAUGAAAACAAUGGCAUACAUGUACGAUGAUAUGAGAUGCAAGAUUGCUUAUCCGACUCUUAUGACCAGAAACAAGGCGUGCUCUUCCAACUUCAACUUAGGAGAUGAUAAUAAUUGCCAGCGUGACACGGAGGGAGCCGCAAUUCAAGAUGGUAUGGUGGUAGGCCUGGUGACAUUCACAGGAGUUUGUGGCCACGAAUCCUCUCCGAGCGUCUUCGCCGACCUCGCUGCACCCGAAAUUCGCGACUUCAUAUCCGACCAUCUUGGACUGUAAUCGUAAUGUUUACGUAUCUGUA